AUAUACAUAUUUCUGAUAUGUCAGUGAAUACGCAUUUCAAUUCGUCUGCUGCUUCUUCGUCUUCGCGGUGGCGCUCUGAGUAUAAGAACAGGCAAGGCCAUUAAAUUACAGAGAAGAAAAGUGUAUAAUGGGAGAAGUGAUUCGUGGAGUUGUACUGGACGAAUCCGCAUUAUUUGCCUCCCCAGUCGAUGAUCAAAACGCAUUUUCUCUGCGAGUGGGGGCUCCAUCUCUUCUCCGUAGACUUCGUCACUCGAAGAUUCGCACGGGAAUUUCUUAUGGUCCUGGUCUCUCUGCUCGUAAGAUAAGCCUACUCGAGGAGGUAGCGGUUUUGCACAAUUGUAAUCUCUUUAAUGCAUCUUCUACAAAUAAUGCUUUUGAUGACAUUUCUAAAGCAUGGGCUGGUAUUGGAGGGAGAAUUUUGUUCCUUGUUGAUAGCAGGAACAAGGAAGCUUCCCAUAAAGAGGAUUGCGGUUUGCUGACUGUUGUGCUGGAUGUUGGAGCUGGGGAACUUCAUGAGGAUUCUAGCAUUCUUCAUAUCAAUGGACUAGAAGAGUUGCCUUUGACUAUUUCUCGCCUAAAUAAAAAGAUGUUUCUGCCCCUCACAUUUGAGUUUCCUCUUUCAUCUCAACUACAAAAUGUUGACGUAGUUCUCCAUAAAGCAACUGAUGAGAUCUUAUCUGUUCAAUUGUGGCCUUGGCAAGAUUCAGCUGGAGUUACCUUCACCCAUGGCAUGCAGGAACUGCAGAUGUAUCUAAACCAUCAGCCUGAUUGCCUUAUUGUCGACCCAUUUGACAAUAUUUACCCGUUAUUGGAUCGUUUGAAAAUGCAGCAGAUUCUACUUGGAUUGGAGGAUCUUAACACGGCAGGCAGUAGGAUAAGGGGCCCUCACUUUCUUCAGGUUGAUAAUUUUAGCGAUCCAGACUUACCAAGAAGGCUAUCAGAGGCUAAAUUAUCUCUUCCAAGUAUUGUGACUCAGGUUGCUUGUGGUGUUGCUGAUGCCCAUAGCAUGGCAAUUGUCUUUCGAGUUGAAGAUUUUAAAGGUUUGACUGUUCCUCUUCCUGCUGUUAUUCAGGAAUAUGUGGACCAUUCAUCCACAUUGUUCAAGUUUUAUGUCCUUGGAGAGCAAGUUUUUCAUGCAGUUAAGAAAUCCACACCAAAUGCUGAUGGUUUGAGGAAAUUAUCUGAGAAAGAUGGGCUAAAACCUAUACUCUUUGACAGCUUAAAAUCUUUACCCACUGACACUGGAAACCAGAAUUCUGCAAAUGAGGUUAAUCUUGGGCUAGUUAAAGAUGCUGCUGAUUGGCUUAGAAAAAAGCUUGAUCUUACCAUCUUUGGCUUUGAUGUUGUUAUUCAAGAAGGCACUGGAGAGCAUGUUAUCGUGGAUCUAAACUAUCUUCCCUCGUUCAAAGAAGUGCCUGACGAUGCUGCAAUACCUGCAUUUUGGAAUGCCAUUAGGAAAAAGUUUGAAUCAAUGAAGAUGAAGUGAGUAGUUCUCUCUUUCUCCUCUCGAGUUUUAUCCCCAUUUGUCAGAUUGAGAAACGGAAGAGAACAAAUCGAAAUAGCAACUGGUUGGGUGUUGGAGAUCAAAUUCGGGUAUCAGAAUAUGAAGUGGGGAGAGAAUCUUUUUUUUUUUUUCUAAAAUAAAAAGUAUGAAUGUAUAUUAACAAACAUCAAGAGAGUACCGCCUAUUUACAAGUUUUUUAUGAAUCUGUAAUGAUAUUAAUGUUAUUUUCAAAAUCUUCCCACUUAUAAAUGUCAUGAUCCACCUAAUCGACUA